AUCCAGUUGGCUUUAGGGGUGAAUGUUUCUCAAAUUGAUGUGGAUGAAUGCCAUAGGGCAGACUGCAGUGGAAGCAGUGGCUGCACAAACUAUAUCACAAUGAGUGACACCCCCACCGUGAUGGACACUGGAAGUGUGUCACUUGUCUCCUUAACCACCAGUGUCAGUGCUGUCUGUACCUGUGCAGCUAGAGAGAGAAUUCAUCGGUCAUGCAACUCCUACUCUCACAGCCCAUGUUUCAAUGGAGGGACUUGCAUUGACAUGUUCAGUGGUUACAGAUGUCAAUGUUCUGCUUCAUUUCAUGGACCAGAUUGCCAGCAGACAAAACACAGUUUCCAUGGGAAUGGCUAUGCGUGGUUCCAUCCCAUCAGACCUUGUUUUGAGAGUUCCCUGUCCCUCGAGUUUAUCACUGAAGUUCCAGAUGGGCUUUUGCUGUAUAAUGGUCCUUUGUCAGCUUCGGGUUUUGGGAACUCAGAAAACUUCAUUGCAAUAG